GGCGCGUCACUCGGAGGCGCCGGAAGUGGACGCGCGCCGCAGCCGGGAUGCUCACUUGACUUCCGGUGGCUCUGCGCGGAGGGAUCCCAGGCCACCAUGGUCUCGGACGAAGAUGAAUUGAAUCUUCUAGUUAUUAUAGUUGAUACCAACCCAAUUUGGUGGGGGAAGCAAGCAUUAAAGGAAUCCCAGUUCACGUUAUCGAAGUGCAUAGACGCGGUGAUGGUGCUGGGAAAUUCUCACUUAUUCAUGAACCGGUCCAACAGACUCGCGGUGAUAGCGAGUCACAUUCAGGAAAGCCGAUUCCUGUACCCUGGGAAGAACGGGCGACUCGGAGACUUCUUCGGGGACCCUGGCAACCCCGCUUCUGAAUAUAACCCCUCGGGGAGCAAAGACGGGAAGUACGAGCUGUUGACAGCAGCAAAUGAAGUCAUUGUGGAGGAGAUCAAGGAUCUGAUGACCAAGAGUGACAUAAAGGGGCAGCACACAGAACCUCUGCUGGCGGGGUCCCUCGCCAAAGCUCUGUGCUACAUCCACAGGAUGAACAAGGAGGUUAAAGACAAUCAGGAGAUGAAGUCCAGGAUACUGGUGAUCAAGGCCGCGGAAGACAGCGCCCUGCAGUACAUGAACUUCAUGAACGUCAUCUUCGCGGCGCAGAAGCAGAAUAUUUUGAUCGAUGCCUGUGUUUUAGACUCCGAUUCAGGACUCCUCCAACAGGCUUGUGACAUCACAGGGGGCCUGUACUUGAAGGUGCCGCAGAUGCCCUCCCUCCUGCAGUACCUGCUGUGGGUCUUUCUUCCUGACCAGGACCAGAGAUCUCAGUUAACCCUCCCUCCCCCAAUUCACGUGGACUACCGGGCCGCCUGCUUCUGCCACCGCAACCUCAUCGAGAUCGGCUACGUCUGUUCUGUGUGCUUGUCGACCCUCCUGGCUUUCCUUUGUUUUCUGCAUUUACAGUAUUCUGCAACUUCAGCCCCAUCUGUACUACCUGCGAGACCGCCUUUAAGAUUUCUCUGCCUCCCGUGCUGAAGGCCAAGAAAAAGAAACUGAAAGUGUCUGCGUGAUGGUCAAGCUUUCCCACCUCCCAGAGCUGCCUGUGGAAACGGGAGCGGGGAGGGAAGUCUUUGUAAGGAGGCUCCGAGAGAUCCAGCGAUGUGUAAGAAUUCCUACUGCGGUUCCUUACAGGAUGCAGUCCUGAAAGGUCACCCUCACCCGUGGGGGACGGCUGUACGUGGGGAGCCCGUCUCUGCAGUGUCCAUCUCCAGAAUGCUUCCAGAGGCUCUGUCCCGACGGGGAAAUCGCACAUUUGUGACUUUUUAAACUGGACGAUCACGUGUCACAUCAGCCUGUCUGACUGGGUGUGGGCUUUAGAGCUGCUCACUGUCAGCGUUGUUACAGGGGAGUUGGAACAGUUUCAGGAAAGGUGAGUGAGGCCUGAUCAACACGCACCGCCUUACAUACUCGGGUCCGCUUUCCGAUCCUUGCUGUCCGCGUGGAGCUUCAGCCUCAGGCACUUGCAGGUACUCAGUCCUUUGUGUGACGCCGCACGUUUGGGCAGCGAUACCCAAAUAAUGACAGUUUGUCUCGGAAUCACUGCGGAAUGGCUUUACAUGAGUCAGGCGGGUGAUGCAGGAGUCUGGUGGCAACUCCUUCAAAAGCAGUUGUGUGAAGAGGUCAUUUGUGAGCGCUGAUGUCUGGCUUGUGAGGGUACUCCAGGGUUGGGGGGUGGAUUCUUUAGUGUCACCCGCAGACUGAAUCCUUUCUUUUUAACCAAGGAAAAGAAGUAAAAGUACUAACACUGUCUAAAUGAUCUCUAGAAGCUUGGGACUUAAUACUGAAAAUUUCUGUCUGUUCAAACGAAAAAAUAUUGUAAUUUCAGCAAUAAAAAUCGUAUUUUUUCCAUGUGACCUUGACGUUAUUAAGUCCUUUUAAAUUCCAGCAUAGUGUGGGAAGCGUUUUCGGGAACAGUGGCUGAUUUGGUUUGUUUUUAAAAGUGUGUUGCCAAGGGGGACAUCUGUAAUAUUUCAACAACAAAAAGCAUGUUGACAAAUUGUGUAUCCAAUCUUGUACCCAGAUAAGAUUUAAAUAUUCUCUUUAUACUGUCUCGGAAGCUCAUCUCAUUUAAUUAACUUGUGGUGUUUGGUUAGGUUAUUUCAGGUGGGUUUUGUAUUCUGGACUUAGGAUUUUAUUAACUACACAAAGAUGUUUGUGGUAACUUUGCAAGUACUUGUUAAUUCUUGAGUUUGAGAAUCUCUUUAAAAAUAAUAUUUAAUAUUCAUAGCCUCAUUAAGUGUAAUGGAAAUCCCUAUUUUAAGUCUAGGAAAGAAAGCAUUGUAUAUCUAAAAGGAUAAUUUCAAGUUUUGAUAAGAUUAUUUUCACUGGAAAUGUUUUUAUAUACUGUUUUAGUUCUGUUUUAUUUUUAGCGGUUGUGUUUAUGGUUUAUUUUAUAUAAAUUUUUAUAAUAAAAUUAUUUAAACUUUA